CGGGCGCUCGCUCCCUGCCGAGCGCUUGUCGCCGGCCGGAGCCUUUGCCAGGGGAUGAGGUGGGAGGCGCUAGAAACCACUUAGCUACAGCCAACCGCCUAAUGCAGCACUCGCUCGCUCCCCCCGCCAGCGGAAGCGCCCGCGGAGCACAAUGCAGCACUAAGCCACGGUGGAGGCUGCAGCGCCACGGCCGCCGCAGCACCGGCUGGGGCUGGGAGGAGGUGGCCGUGGGGACCCCAGGGGCGCGGAGCGAGGGAAACGGACUCGGCGGCCGCGGCAUGAGGAGCUGAGCCUUUCGGGCGAGGCGGGCUGACGGCAGCACCAUGCAGGCGGCGGUGGCUGUGUCCGUGCCCUUCUUGCUGCUCUGCGCCCUGGGGACAUGCCCCCCGGCGCGCUGCGGCCAGGCAGGAGACGCCUCAUUGAUGGAGCUAGAGAAGAGGAAGGAAAACCGCUUCCUGGAGCGCCAGAGCAUCGUGCCGCUGCGCCUCAUCUACCGCUCGGGCGGUGAAGACGAAACUCGGCACGAUGCACUCGACACGCGGGUACGGGGCGACCCCGGCGGCCGGCAGUUGACUCAUGUUGACCAAGCAAGCUUCCAGGUGGUUGCCUUUGGAACGUCGUUCAUUCUCGAUGUCGUGCUAAAUCAUGAUUUGCUGUCCUCUGAAUACGUAGAGAGACACAUUGAACAUGGAGGCAAGACUGUGGAAGUUAAAGGAGGAGAGCACUGUUACUACCAGGGCCAUAUCCGAGGAAACCCUGCCUCAUUUGUUGCAUUGUCAACGUGCUAUGGACUUCAUGGGAUGUUCUAUGACGGGAACCACACAUAUCUCAUUGAGCCAGAAGAAAAUGACACUACUCAAGAGGAUUUCCAUUUUCAUUCGGUUUACAAAUCCAGACUGUUUGAAUUUCCCUUGGAUGAUCUUCCAUCUGAAUUUCAACAAGUAAACAUUACUCCACCAAAAUUUAUUUUGAAGCCAAGACCAAAAAGGAGUAAACGGCAGCUUCGUCGAUAUCCUCGUAAUGUAGAAGAAGAAACCAAAUACAUUGAACUGAUGAUUGUGAAUGAUCAUCUUAUGUUUAAAAAACAUCGGCUUUCCGUUGUAUAUACUAAUACCUAUGCGAAGUCUGUGGUGAACAUAGCAGACUUAAUAUAUAAAGACCAACUUAAGACCAGGAUAGUAUUGGUUGCUGUGGAAACCUGGGCGACUGACAACAAGUUUGCCAUAUCUGCAAAUCCAUUGAUCACCCUACGUGAGUUUAUGAAAUACAGGAGGGAUUUUAUCAAAGAGAAAAGUGAUGCAGUACACCUUUUUUCGGGAAGUCAAUUUGAGAGUAGCCGGAGCGGGGCAGCUUAUAUUGGUGGGAUUUGCUCGUUGCUGAAAGGAGGAGGCGUGAAUGAAUUUGGGAAAACUGAUGUAAUGGCUGUUACACUUGCCCAGUCAUUAGCCCAUAAUAUUGGUAUUAUCUCAGACAAAAGAAAGUUAGCAAGCGGUGAAUGUAAAUGCGAGGACACGUGGUCCGGGUGCAUAAUGGGAGACACCGGCUAUUAUCUUCCUAAAAAGUUCACCCAGUGUAAUGUUGAAGAGUAUCAUGACUUCCUGAAUAGUGGAGGUGGUGCCUGCCUUUUCAACAAACCUUCUAAGCUUCUUGAUCCUCCUGAGUGUGGCAAUGGCUUCAUUGAAACUGGAGAGGAGUGUGACUGUGGAACCCCGGCCGAAUGUUCCCUUGAAGGAGCAGAGUGUUGUAAGAAAUGCACCUUGACUCAAGAUGCUCAAUGCAGUGACGGUCUUUGCUGUAAAAAGUGCAAGUUUCAGCCUAUGGGCACUGUGUGCCGGGAAGCAGUAAAUGAUUGUGAUAUUCGUGAAACAUGCUCAGGAAAUUCAAGCCAGUGUGCCCCUAAUAUUCAUAAAAUGGAUGGAUAUUCAUGUGAUGGUGUUCAGGGAACUUGCUUUGGAGGAAGAUGCAAAACCAGGGAUAGACAAUGCAAAUACAUCUGGGGGCAAAAGGUGACAGCAUCAGACAAAUAUUGCUAUGAGAAACUGAAUAUCGAAGGGACGGAGAAGGGUAACUGUGGGAAAGACAAAGAUACAUGGAUACAGUGCAACAAACGGGAUGUGCUUUGUGGUUACCUUUUGUGUACCAAUAUUGGCAAUAUCCCAAGGCUUGGAGAACUCGAUGGUGAAAUCACAUCUACUUUAGUUGUGCAGCAAGGAAGAACAUUAAACUGCAGUGGUGGGCAUGUUAAGCUUGAAGAAGAUGUAGAUCUUGGCUAUGUGGAAGAUGGGACACCUUGUGGUCCCCAAAUGAUGUGCUUAGAACACAGGUGUCUUCCUGUGGCUUCUUUCAACUUUAGUACUUGCUUGAGCAGUAAAGAAGGCACUAUUUGCUCAGGAAAUGGAGUUUGCAGUAAUGAGCUGAAGUGUGUGUGUAACAGACACUGGAUAGGUUCUGACUGCAGCACUUACUUCCCUCACAAUGAUGAUGCAAAGACUGGUAUCACUCUGUCUGGCAAUGGUGUUGCUGGCACCAAUAUCAUAAUAGGCAUAAUUGCUGGCACCAUUUUAGUGCUGGCCCUCAUAUUAGGAAUAACUGCGUGGGGUUAUAAAAACUAUCGAGAACAGAGGUCAAAUGGGCUGUCUCAUUCUUGGAGUGAAAGGAUUCCAGACACAAAACAUAUUUCAGACAUCUGUGAAAAUGGGCGACCUCGAAGUAACUCUUGGCAAGGUAACCUGGGAGGCAACAAAAAGAAAAUCAGAGGCAAAAGAUUUAGACCUCGGUCUAAUUCAACUGAGAGGGAGCCCCAAGCACCUGAGCCUGGGCACUCCCUCGCCCAGACAGUCCCAUCCCAAGGCAUAAGCCCCGGGGGCUCUGACAGCCCCCAGACAGGGAGUCUGGAUCACAGGACUUUAUCUCCUGCCAAGUCUCCUUCUUCAUCAACUGGGUCUAUUGCCUCCAGCAGAAAAUACCCUUACCCAAUGCCUCCACUUCCUGAUGAGGAGAAGAAAGUGAACCGACAAAGUGCCAGGCUAUGGGAGACAUCCAUUUAAGAUCAACUGUUUACAUGUGAUACAUCGAAAACUGUUUACUUCAACUUUUAUAGAAACCCAGGCUCAUGGAAUCACUGCAAAUCUAUCUGCUCUUCAGACAAUACGAAGACCCUCUGAGAUGCUACAGGGGAGAGGAAGCGGAGUCUCACAUCUGGUUACCAUUUUCUUUUUGUCAUUGGCUUAGGAUUUAACUGAAUCAUGACAAGAACUACUGAAAUGUUACACUAUAACAUGGAACAAUAAAGGUACUGGUAUGUUAAUGGAUAAUCCGCAUGACAGAUAAGAUGUAGAAAUAUCCAUAAAGUUAACUCACAUGACCCAAAUGUAGCAAGUUUCCUAAGGGACAAUAGUGGAUUCAGAACUUGAUGUUCUGAAGCACAUCCUCACUGUAAACAGUAAUGCUAUAUGCAUGAAGCUUCUGUUUAUUGUUUUCCAUAUUUAAGGAAACAACAUCCCAUAAUAGAAACGAGCAUGCAGGGCUAAGGCAUAUAGGAUUUUUCUGCAGGACUUUAAAGCUUUGAGAGGCCAAUAUCCCAUAGGCUAACUUUAAACAUGUAUUUUAAUUUUUGUGUUGUUUUUUACUUUUCAUAUUUAUAUUAGCAUACAAGGACAAUUGUAUAUAUGUAACGUUUUUAAAAUUUAAAAAAAUGCAGCUGUUACACACAAGUGUAUUUUGCCAAAUGCCUAAAAAUUCAGUCACAAUCACAUCAUCGUCAUCCAUCCAGUGAUCUUCAAAGACUAUAAGCAGGUAAUGUUGUAAAUAUAGUGGUCAGUGCUGUAAAUGUGUCUCUCCAUAAUUGGUAUUUGUCCAAAACAUGUGAUAUCCCUUUAACCUGUGCACAGUCUGGAGGCGCAGUUUUAUUGAGUAAGUAAUUGAGUGAGAGAACAAAAUGCCCAGCAAAACUUCUGGCCUCCACAGUUUGCUGAUGCAGGAGCCCACUCUGCUCCUGAUGGGCGGCUCCCUGGAAAUCAUCCAUCCCAUCCAUCCAUCCCAUCUCAUCCCAGUGAGCCAGCCCCUCAGCAAUGUGUCCUGCUGAGAUUAAGCAAGUGCACCAAAGACACAUGAGACCACGUACUGCCAGUGAGCUGGUAGCUUCUGACUUGCCAAUACUCUAACCCUUUGUGGCCUGAAGUUUUGUUCCUUGACAAAACUUUUCAGUCACCCUUAUCUGUGAAAUGAAUGACUUGUUUUAACAAAAACAACUUUGACACUAUUGAUUAAGAAUAUUUAUCAUCACUGGGAUGUGAAUCCCAACAAGUCAUUCUGCACUCACUCUGGAGCAAGAUGAUGGAAGAUUCUACUGUUUGAGUUGGGUAGCCUCAACCGUUCAUAAAGGGUUAAGUUAGAUCUGAACCACAGAGAUGCAGUAACUACAAAGCUACACUAACAGCUGGCAGGGGGAAAGAAUCUGAUGCUUUGAACCAUGUAUUUUUUAAUCCAUAGGAAAAUAAGAUUCUAUUUUAAAAGACCCUUCUUUAAAACCAAAGUUUGAUAACUGUUAUAAUGGCAGAUCUGUCAUUCCAAAAGAAAGCUAGCUACCCAAGUGAGGCUGGAGAUUGAUGGGCUCAAUCACAUGGUCUGCUCUGAAGUAUACUUCUGAUUUCCUAAUUUUCUGUGUGUUCUUAAGAGGCAUGGAACCUGCAGACAGGGUUUCGGAAAUAAUCUCUAAAUUUGAUCCUUUUCCAUAGUAUCCAUGGACAAAAUCCAUAUCAUCUUCAUAUGUAAUCAAAUUGAUUACAUAUGAUGCCCAAACUGAAGGGCCGAGUUAGAAGGCAGCAUUUUGUGCUUUGUGUUUAUGUCUUCGGUAAUGGACCUCUCUUUUGAAAGUCUUUGAAAUGGUUGGAAAACAAUUUAAUGAUCCAAAAUUACAUAAUGUAAAACAGCAUUCUUCAUGACAGGAAGGGAUGUGAUUGUUAAUAUGACCAUAAAGCAAUCCAUCAGGCCAAGGUUUGGGUGAGUGUUGGGCACUGUUGCCACAUAGCUCAAGCCAAGAACAGAAGGGCAGACAGAUUGAAAGAUGUAGCAAAUAAAGUGACUUUUUACCAAGAUCACUGUAAUGUGCACUGAAUGUUUCCUGGUAUUGAGUGUAUAAAAGGCUAAUGCUAUAAGGUUUAUUUUGACUAUAAAAGAGUUUAUAGAUUUGAAUAUAAGGUGCCUCAUGUAAAUAUGCUUCCUAGUUACAGGUACACAAACUCUAAUUUGAAAGAAUCCACAAAUGGCUAGCUGAGAAGUUAACAGAUCUCUGUCUAUCAUCCAUCCGUGUGUCUUUCUUCCUUCACCUAUUUUUACAUGAAAUUAUUAUUUCAAAUGAAAAUCAUCAUCAUGUGCCUUUUGGGAGACAUGGUUGCUCUAGAGGUAUAUAGUUUGUAAUUACCCUCCUUGGAAGCUCCACCUUCCUGUGGAAAUGAGUAAAAAUUUUUAUGUUUUAUUUUUAGAGAUUAUGAUUUUAGGUAUAUAGUAACUUUAAUCUUCUAAUAUAGUAACUUUAAUGUUCUAUUCUUGGAAUCUACUCUCCCAUGUUUAAACAUUCUUAGAGCCAUUUGUGAUAUUCAUUGACAAAUUUGUAGUCUCAAGGGAGAGUUUCAAGAAGUAUCUGUAUGUAUACUCAUGGUUUGGGGUUCUAGAGGCAUUACAUCUAAAUAUUUAUGACUUUUCAUCCACUGAGGUAGGUAGCAUUAAAUAUAUAAGCACAGCAUUAUUUCUCUUUAAAUAUCUAUUUUGAAGAGAAACUUUGAGGCCAUAUAACAGUUUAUAUCAUGCAACUAAUAUUUAUAUUUCCCAAUCCACUACAAAAUCAUUGCUAAGCAGAAGAGAGCAGUUACUUGGCCUUUAUGUUUCAUUGUAUGCCUUUUCUCCCUCUUUCUAAAGUUUUAUGCAUUGAUAAGACUAGAGAUUGGCACCCAGCUGCCCGAGAUGUUCCAUUUAUCCAUAGUCGUCUUUGUGCAGUCAACCCUGAUUUAAAGGAACAUUUAAAUCUCUCCAGUAAGUGUCAACAGGAAGGCAUGGGAUAGCAGGGAGUCCUUACGGAGUGGACUGGCCACAUGAACUGUCCUCUGCAUCUAGCCACUCUUUAGAUGGGAAGUGUCAUGGUCCUCUGAACGCUGCAGGCUGGAAAUGAUCCCCAGGGCACAUGCAAUCUGUGGAAAGGAAUAAAUCAGACAGUGCAACAUGAUGAGGGCUUUCAAUUUGCUGUGGUUGCUGUAUUUUUAACAAGAAACCCAGAGCUUCGAUUAGGAAUAACCUAUCAGAGUUGUUCCUUUAAAAAAUAUUGAUGAAUAAAGCAAAUGUGGGCUUAAAAUGCCAACUUAUUUUUCACUGUGAUAUUGGUGCUUUAAGUGAUGCCAUAGUUUGUCUCUUUUCCCUUUCACUUUAAAAAGAAUUUUAAAAUUGUGUUUGUAUAUUGGGUCAGUCUGGCAUAGAAUUUCUGAAAGUAACAUUAAUAGGGUUUCUAAAGAAGUUGUCAGUAAGACAAAAUUAGAUAUUCUGUGCACUUUCCAAGAAGGACUCUUUAUGUUUGAAUUUCAAAACAGGCUUACAUUUCUUUUCUGUUGAUUCCCUUGCAUAUCUACAUAAUUUAAUCCUGUCUAUUGUCCGAGAUCUCUUAUGGCUACUUUACCUGUUACCUUUUUUGGAAUUUUGUUCUUUAUGUUUUACAGUUACCUUUGGACCAGAAGAUAUAUGAUAUUUUUAUUCAUUUUUUUUCAGUGUUUUAAAAUAAGGUUUGUUCGUUUUAUCCAUUCAUUUCCUAUUGUCAUGUAGUUCUAUUUUAACCAUAUAUAUAUAGUACUUUAAAUAAAUUUUCUUAUGUUAUUAUUUAGCACAAUAAUAAAUCCUUAUCUAAAUAAAAGACCAUUUUACUUUAUUUUACUUAAAGGAAAGAUAAUUUAUUGGCAGGAUAUUGAGUAGCUUGUAGAGUAUAUGGGAAGGGGAGAGCCAAGUUAAGAACUGGCAGGAGUGAGGAGGGAUGAGACAGCUGCCUGCACAGUCUGAUAGGACACAUCUGGCUGCUGCCACUGGAUGCCCACAUGGGCAGCAUAUCAUAAAUAUCACCCUACCAGUUGGUAAGUUGGCAUGAAUUUUCCAUGAAACGCUCUUGACUCCCAUUUGCACCGUCAUAUCUACUUUUUAUGCACCUAAUUAUAUUUUUCCUUUAACUUUUAUGGUUUUUUUUUUUUUUUUCUAAAACUGCCACCUAAAUACCUUUCCACUCUGUUAAAUGUAUGGAGUCAAGAUAAAUUUCUCACUCUUGCUCUGCAGCUUAAGAUGUAUAGGAAGUAAACACUUCCAUGGAAUAGGGCUUAAUUUGGGGCUCAGAUGUUUGGUUUUUUUCCUCCUUAGAUGUUUUUGAAUGGAUAAGACUACUAUGGUUUUGGAAGCAGCAACUUUUCUCCUGACCUGGAAGAACUAAGGACUUUAAUAAACAAUUUCCCGUUGAUAGUAUAAUAUAAUGAGGGGCCCAAUCUGCUCUUGUGAAAAUUGGCCCAGCGGCAGGCAGCAGCCCAUCCCAGCUGUGUGUGAGUAGCCCUGCUGUUAAAAGUACACCUGCUGGGAAUUGUUGGCACAUGCUCAUAGCAUAUGCUCUGGGGGGAGGUGCUUUUAAUUCCAAGAGGAGCUUUUCUAUCACAUCUGCAGAUGCAGAGCAAAGAUGCAGCAGGACUUUAGAAAACAGGAGUGUUUCUAUUGACAUUUUAUUCAUUGCUCUGUUAGUCCCCCAAAUGGAGCAUCUUCUGGUUGUUUGUAAGCAGAAAAAACAAAACAUUCAAAACCAAAAACCUAAUUAGUACUUUUGUCCUUUAUAUCCAUAGUCUGACAAGCAAGCAAGCAUCCUCACGGUGAGAUUUUGAGGGAUGCUUCCAGAACUGCCCUGCUUCCUAUGUAGCUCCCCCUUCAGUAGCUGUACAACUCUUUCCUCCUGACUAGGAACUUCUCUAUUGUGGAAGUCAGUUCCUUUGGCUAAGCUGUCCCUUGAGAGAACCCUAGGAUGCCCUAGGGAGUACAGGUGGCAGGCAUCUUUAUCUUCGCCCACUGGCACAUUAGCAACUUAUGCAACUUAGGAAGUCACUGGGAGAUGAGUCCCAAGAGGGUGAAUUUCAGGAUGGGGAGGAGAUAAGAAGCAGAGAACUUUGGGAGAUCAUGGGGCAUUUAGUCCUGGCACAGAUGCAGAAUGAAUAUCCACAGGACGAUUCCUGAAGCCAGAUACGCAGGAGAGCACACAUUGUCACGAGGGGUGUGAUGGGAAGAGAGGUGCUGGAUGCCUAAGACAGACUUGUGUGCUUGGCAGAUUGACUGAGUGUUGACUCUGAAUACUUUGUGGUCCAGUCCAUGAUAGGUCAGUCACUCUUGCCUGAUGCAUCCCUGUUGCAUUGUUCAUAGAACCUGUAUCAUAUGGGGAAGCUUCAAGGCUGGCAGGCUUUUCAUCAAGUAAUCAUCAUUUCAUGUUCUUAAGUAUCCUUGAAAUCAAAACCAGGCAAUGUGUGUUUUUGGUUUUGUUUUACAAAAAGGCAUACAAUGAGACCAAUUCUUAAGAUAAUGCACAUACAGAAUCAUCAAUAAAGUUUCAAAGAGUUUAUGAAGAAAAGGUAUUUUCCUUUCUUGUAAAAAAAUGUAUUAUAUAUAUAUAAUAUGCUGAUCUGCAUUCACCCUAGGGCUUAGCCUCUUGUUUUAUGAAUUUUCAGGCUGUGAUUUGUGUUGGAUGGUUAAGCUCUAAAUGCAAAUAGCCCCAAUCUUUAAAUAUAGCGGUGCUAAGUUGAACAAGUAACACAAUACAGAAAAUGCUGAUAUGAAUUAAUACUUAGUAAUAAUACAAAAGUUCUUGCUAAAUUAUAUAUGUGUAUCACUGCCUGAUUAGAAACCCCAUUUUUCUUUCCUAAUCCAGCACAAAAUCAAACUCUGAUUCUACAACCAGUCUUUUUAAAGGGCAAAAAUGACUCAACACCUUUGUUUUGUAUGGAAAAACUUUUUUUUUUUUUUUACACUAACUGCAAAAGUGCUUAAAAAAAAUGUUUAUUCAGGAUAACUAAGCAUGUACUCCUUUUUUAACUUGCUGGAAGACUUGCCCCUCCAAACUAGCACCCCCAAAAGACAACUUCUUUCAGAAACUGGGUGUUUUACCUAAACAUAGUAGCUUAAAUAUUAGCCAGCAGUAGGUCGGCACUAGUGUUUUCCACGGUUAUCACCUUUGACAGGUGAUGUCCAUCUAUAAAUAGUGGAAGCCACCCCAUGGGGAGGUGUUAAUAGCAGCAUGGUUUCACUUUUGGUAAUCAGGUAAUCAUGUGUAUAUACUUAGAUUCGCAUUAUUUUAACAUUUCUCUGCUACUCUGCACUUCAGGUUCGUUAAGCUAUUUUAAUAAUUACUGGGGUUCUGGCAAACACCAAUGGAAAUGUAUAUGGCAACUGCUUUCCUGAGCAAGUGUAAUUUGUUUUAUGGCUGUUCAAGUUAUAAAAUUGCUCUUACAUUGUAGGUAAACAAAAUCUUGAUGUUUUUAAAGGUCACUGUAACCUAAGGUUCAAAUUUCUGGCACAGUUUUAUUAGUAUUCACUUCGAAAGCUAAUAAGAUACCAUGGUUUUCUAUGUUACUCUCAUUGUAACAUUAGUAAACUGACUUUCAAUAAAAGAUUUAUGUUAUUUUGA